UUGACAUUUCUCCUUGGAUGUUGAAUUCAUGCUGAAACUCAAUAUCACCAAAAUGCAAGCUGGAUUUCCCGACCUCCAGAGAGCAAGGCCCUGAUGGAACCUCCAACACCGUCAGCAUGUGCGCGUGGGGAACUGCUCUGACCGGGAGUCCAUCCUGACCAUUCUCCAGGUCCUUGGAGAUCUGCUUUCUGUGGGCACAGACAGGCGGAUUCGCUACAUGAUCAGCAAGGGUGGCAGCGAAGCCCUCUUGCAGACCCUGGUGGACACAGCAAGGGCAGCUUCUCCGGACUAUGAUGUCCUCCUGCCCCUCAUCCGGCUGCUGGCCAAAGUUGGCCUCCGAGAUAAAAAGUUUGGACAGAAGGCACUGGAGCUGGAAGCACUUGAUGUGACAUUGAUUCUGGCCAGGAAAAACCUGUCCCACAGCCAGAACCUCCUCCACUGCCUCUGGGCUCUGCGUGUGUUCGCCUCUAGUGUCACCACGGGGGCCAUGCUGGGCAUCAACGGAGCAAUGGAACUGCUUUUCAAGGUCAUCACCCCUUAUACCCAGAAGCGCACCCGAGUCAUCAGGGCAGCCACGGAGGUUCUGGCAGCACUGCUGAAAUCCAAGUCUAACAGCCGCAGGGCAGUGAACAGAGGCUAUGUCAGCAGCUUGCUCAGGCUACACCAGGACUGGCACAGCCAUGACACAACCAAUGCCUACAUGCCCAUCCGCCGGGCACUUCUGCUCUGCCUCAAGCACAUUGCCGCCCUCCAGUCUGGCAGGGAGGCCUUCCUGGCAGCUCAGGGCAUGGAGAUUCUCUUCAGCACCACACAGAAGUGCCUGGAUGACAAAAGCUUGGGACCCAUCGUCUCCGUUGUGCUUCAGAUCCUGAGGCANGGUCUGCCCAUGGAGCAGGCCCAGCAAGGCGCCUGA